CUCACACCAAAUCAUUUUUUCAUAACUGAAUUAUGAAUCCGCCGUGAUCGGAAUUCCUUCCAAUUGCGCCGCCGCGGUUGCAAAAUUAUUAGCACAAACUUAUUGUGCUAAUCCGCUCUCUUCAGGGCUGCCUGCGAUGGCAACAUGGUGUUUUACCUGUGUGAGAAAAGUUGCGAUAUCUCACAAUGAAGGAAGAAUAUGCUGUGUCAAUUGCGGCAGUGUUGUUGCUGAUGAUAUGUUUACAGAGGAAACUCAGUUUGUGAAAGGAGCUGAUGGACAGUCCCGAGCGGCAGGUAUUCUUGUGAGGUCCAUCCAGCAUAUUUCUGAAUCUAGGCAGAGGACACUGAACGAUGCAUAUGACGGAAUCCUGAGUAUAAUGUCUGCCUUGGAAAUUCAGGGUGGUGCAGAUAAAGCUAAUAUAGCUCUUAGGCUUUAUGAGUUGGCACUUCGUAAAAACUUCACAAAGGGUCGCAGGAGAGAACAAGUGCAUGCUGCUUGUGUUUACAUCAUGUGUAGGAUGGAAAAUAAACCAUUUCUUCUAAUUGAAUUCUCAGAACAUCUAAGGAUAAAUGUUUACGUGCUAGGGGCGGUCUUUUUGCAGCUUUGCAAAGUUCUUAGCCUUGAAGAAAACCCUCUUAUUCAGAACCUUGUGGAUCCUAGCCUUUUCAUUCACCGAUUUUCUGACCGUCUGUUCAAAAACAGAGAUAAAAAUAUUCCCAAAACUGCACUUCAGAUUGUUGCUAGUAUGAAGCGUGAUUGGAUGCAGACUGGGAGGAAACCAAGUGGAUUAUGCGGAGCUGCACUUUAUAUAUCUGCUCUUGCACAUGGUCAUGAUUGUUCAAAGUCUGAUAUUAUUAAGACAGUCCACAUCUGUGAAGCAACAUUGACAAAGCGGUUGAUUGAAUUUGAAAGUACUGAUUCGGGAGGUUUAACGAUUGAGGAGUUUGAGAAGAAGUCAGAGGAGUUUGACAUUCUGGAAAAAAAAAUUGGUGAAGAGGCGUCGCAAAUGAAGUCACUCAAUACGGGGCAAAAGGCAUCUAAGAAUGGUGAACUCCUCUGCAAGCAUAAGGGUCAUGAGGAUCCUCCUCAUUUUGCUUAUGGUCUUUGUAAUGAAUGCUACAAAGAUUUCAUGAUAAUAUCUGGAGGCCUGAGUGGUGGAUCCGAGCCUCCAGCUUUCCAGCGUGCUGAGAGGAAAAGGAUAAUGGCUGAGGAAGCUACUGCUGACUGCUCUGAGAAUCAGGAUUCGCCAAUGUUUCCUGACCUGACCGAGACCAACUCCAUACUCUUAAAUUCUGAUGAGCAAAGGAGAAUCAAGACUACAACUCAAAAUGAUGUUACACAACCACCACCAGACCAUGAUUCAACAGGAGCUACCUGUCAGUCAAACUCUAUUCAUGAUACUAUUGAUAAGACAAUGGAUGCUAGUGAUUUUACUUGGGAAGAGUCAGAGAGUUUAUCGGACAUCGAUGACACUGAGGUGGAUGUGUAUAUUAACACAGAGGAGGAGAAGAAGUUGAAAACGACUGUCUGGGAGGAGAUUAACAGAGAAUAUCUUGAGGAGCAGGCAGCAAAAGAAGAAGCUGCAUUAGCUGCUAAGAGAGCCUUUGAAGCCACUUUUGCUAACUGCUCAGACGAUGUUGAAGGCGCAAGACAACUUGCUGCGGCUGCUGCACAGAACAGGAAGGACAAACGAGAGAAGCGAGCUGCUGAGUUAAAAAGCCGUGGUCCUCCUCAAACUUUUGGGGAUGCAGUAAAAGGAAUGCUAGAUGCAAAGAGGUUGAGCUCAAGAAUUCGAUAUGACUUACUGGACGGGCUUCUUGAUUCGGAUGAGCCGGACCCCAAGAAAAGCAAAACGGAGGCAGAGGCAGUGGAGGAGGAGGUGGAGGAGCACGAACACGAACACGAAGAAGAUCCUGAAUUAGAUGGCUACGCUGACUACAAGGAAAAAUAUGAUUAUGACCAAGAUUAUAAUGAUGAUUUAUAGUAGUAGUAUUUUUCACGUAUACCCUUUCUUCUAUUUUUUUGCAAAUUCCAUUAUUUAACUUAUAACUAUAGCAAGGCUAAAGCUACAUUA